AUGUCAAGAUGUGAGACAUACUCAACUGUCCCAUCUUACAUUGUCGAUCUGAUCGGAAACCACAAUAAUCGCAUCGUGAACCAACCGAAUGCAAUCAAUCAUACAGGAGACUACGUCUACCAAGUUUCAGCUUUGACUGCAAUGCAAGCUACCUUCCCAUCACUUUUCCGACGCGAGUUUUUUCGAGGUCCCUUUGUUUUCAACCUGACCGAUAUGCAUCAAAGCAACAUUUUUAUUGAUGACGAUUGGCAUAUCACUUGUCUUGUUGAUCUUGAAUGGGCUUGCUCCCGACCGAUUGAAAUGAUUCGUACACCAACAUGGCUUACGAACCAAGCCUGUGACGAGAUUGCUGAAGAUACUAGUGAAUAUAACAAAAUCAGGUCUGAAUUUAUCGACAUCAUGGCAAAUGAAGAGAUGUUGACUGAGUUGACCUCGGAAAAUAUCAGUCUUUCUGAGAUAAUGAACCGCAGCUGGGAAACUGGGACAUUCUGGUUUUCUCUUGUACUUGCAAGCCCGACUGGAAUAUUUUCUGUGUUUUAUAAACAGAUACAGCCACGCUUCAUGGAUUUUUGCCCAAGUCAUCAUAGCACAGACAACUACCAGAACUUCCUGGAGAUUAUGCCAUGGUACUGGUCCAAAGAUUUAGUACGAAUUGCGGCACGUAAGAAACAGGAUAGGAAGGGAUAUGAUGAUCAGUUGAAGGCAGCUUUUGGGAUUUCAGAAGAAUAA